CUUGUCUCCUAGUCAACACUAGAAUCCCAUUGAAAUGGAACUUUUCUCAUUUUAGAUAGUCUUUUUAAGUUUUAAACUGCAAACCGUCUCUUACCAUCACCACCUCUUGAUACGGCAUCGCGUUGUUACUCACCUAUACGUUGCGAACUCUUCUAUUAUUAGAACUGACGUUUACUGUUGACUUGUUUAGAUAAGCUUAAGUGUCCACUUUCCCAUUUUUUCAUGCUCCAUAUCGUGUCGAAAUUGCUAUGUGUCAGUCACACACACACUAUAAAGAAGCUGUUUUUUCAAUCACCACUCUCGCGGUUCCUAGAAAAGUUUGGCAAGAAAAUGGCGUGUCAAGAUUUGGUGUUUGCUGUUAACGGAGAGAAAUUUGAAGUCUUUUUAGUUCAUCCUUCUACUACUUUGCUUGAGUUCUUGCGUUCCAACACUCCCUUUAAGAGCCUCAAGCUCAGCUGUGGCGAAGGGGGUUGUGGUGCUUGCAUCGUGAUUCUAUCAAAAUAUGAUCCAGUGUUAGACAAAGUCGAGGAGUAUUCUAUAAACUCUUGCCUCACCCUUCUUUGCAGCAUAAAUCUGUGUUCCAUAACCACAUCCGACGGACUAGGAAACACUGAAAAAGGUUUCCACCCAAUUCACAAAAGAUUCGCCGGGUUCCAUGCCUCACAGUGUGGUUUUUGCACCCCGGGGAUGUGCAUCUCUCUCUACUCCGCUCUUUCAAACGCACACAACUCACAAACUCCUCUGGUCUACCUCACUGCUUCUGCAGCAGAGAAGUCUAUUUCCGGAAACCUCUGUCGCUGCACCGGCUAUCGUCCCAUUGCUGAUGCUUGCAAGAGCUUUGCUGCAGAUGUCGACAUAGAGGAUUUGGGUUUCAACUCUUUCUGGAGGAAAGGGGAAAGCAGAGAAGAGAUGCUGAAGAAACUUCCUCCUUACCAUCCUGAUAAAGAUCUUGUGGCUUUUCCAGACUUCUUGAAGGCAAAGAUAAAGCGUCAACGUAAUGUUUUGGAUCAGAUGAGGUAUCAUUGGAGCACUCCUGGUAGCAUCGAGGAGCUUCAGGAGAUUUUGGCGACAAGCAACUCUGGCGGUGAUAGAGGUUUGGUGAAACUAGUUGUUGGUAACACGGGAACAGGUUACUACAAGGAAGUGAAGCAAUAUAGUAGAUAUAUUGAUAUCAGCCACAUUCCAGAGAUGUCAAUGAUCAAGAAAGAUGACAGAGGAAUCGAAAUUGGUGCAGUUGUUACCAUAUCUAAAGUUAUUGAUGCUUUGAUGGAUGAAGAUACUUUUGGUUAUGUUUUCAAGAAAAUAGGUAUUCAUAUGGAGAAGGUGGCUAACCAUUUCAUCAGAAACUCAGGGAGUAUAGGUGGUAAUCUGGUGAUGGCACAGAGCAAAAACUUUCCUUCUGACAUAACCACACUUUUGCUCGCUGCAGAUGCAUCUGUGCAUCUGAUGAAUACUGCUGGGAGACACGAGAAGCAGAGGAUCUGUGAGUUUCUUGUGUCGCCUCCAAUAAUAGACACUAACACUGUUCUUUUAAAGGUUCAGAUUCCUAGCUGGACUAUUGCUGCUUCUUCCACCACCACUGGUUUGCUUUUCGAAAGCUAUCGAGCUGCACCUCGCCCUCUCGGAAGUGCAUUGCCUUAUCUCAACGCUGCUUUCUUAGCCGUAGUCUCUCAAGGUGAUGCCACGUCAAGAGGCAUCACCGUGGACAAAUGCCUCUUGGCGUUUGGUUCUUUUGGUGGGUAUCACUCAAUCAGGGCGAGGGAGGUUGAGGAUUUCCUGACGGGUAAAUUGCUCAGCCACAGUGUUUUAUUUGAAGCUGUGAAGUUACUCAAAGGGAUCAUAGUGCCCGGCAUAGAUACCUCAUACACUGAGUAUAAGAAAAGCCUGGCCGCUGGGUUUCUCUUUGAUUUUCUCUAUCCUCUGAUCGAGAGUGGCAGCUGGGAUUCAGAGAGAAAGCAUAUUGACGGGCACGUCGAUCCAACGUUAUCUCUGCCUUCGCUGUCAUCUGCACAGCAGGUGUUUGAAAGUAAAGAGUUUCACCCUGUUGGUGAAGCCAUUAUCAAAUAUGGAGCUGAAAUGCAGGCAGCUGGUGAAGCUGUUUACGUUGAUGAUAUUCCGUCCUUACCCAAUAGUCUACAUGGAGCAUUCAUUUAUAGCACAAAGGCAUUGGCUAGGAUAAAGAGCGUUGGUUUCAGAGGAAAUGUGGCACCGGUCGGAGUUUUGGCAGUUAUUACUUUCAAGGAUAUUCCUCAAGCGGGGCAAAACGUUGGUUACAUAUCCAUGUUUGGCACAGGGCUUCUCUUUGCAGAUGAAGUUACUACAUGUGCUGGACAGAUCAUUGCUCUUGUGGUUGCGGACACACAAAAACAUGCAGAUUUGGCAGUAAAGCUGGCAGUAGUUGAGUACGAUUUAAAGAACGUAGAAGCACCAGUAUUAUCUGUGGAGGAUGCGGUCAACAGGUCCAGCCUUUUUGAGGUUCCUUCCCAGUAUCAACCCGAACCCGUUGGCGAUGUUUCAGAAGGAAUGGCUGAAGCUGAUCGCAAGUUACGCUCAGUAGAGUUGAGACUCGAGUCACAGUACUUCUUCUAUAUGGAGACACAAACAGCACUUGCCUUCCCAGACGAAGACAGAUAUCUAGUGGUUUACAGUUCAACUCAAGCAUCCGAGUACACACAAGCAGCGAUUGCUACAUGUCUUGGCAUCGCAGAGAACAACGUGCGAGUCAUCACCAGAAGACUUGGAGGUGGCUUUGGUGGGAAAGCUAUAAAGUCAAUGCCCAUUGCGACAGCAUGUGCGCUUGCUGCACAAAAACUGCAGCGCCCUGUGAGGAUUUACCUCAACCGCAAGACUGAUAUGAUAAUGGUUGGAGGAAGGCAUCCAAUGAAAAUAACCUACAGCGUUGGUUUCACAUCGGACGGUAAACUCACAGCACUAGAGAUAACUAUAUUAAUAGACGCAGGGAUAGAUGUGGAUGUAAGUCCAAUACUGCCGAAGAACAUAGUGAACUCCCUGAAGAAAUACGACUGGGGUGCAUUGUCGUUCGACAUCAAAGUGUGCAAGACAAACCGUCCGAGCAGAACGUCUCUGAGGGCACCCGGGGAGGUACAAGGUGGAUAUAUCGCCGAAUCCAUCGUUGAGAAUGUAGCAUGUUCCCUGAACAUGGACGUGGAUGUCGUGAGAAGGAUAAACCUCCAUACUUACGAAAGCCUCAGCAAGUUUUAUACGGAAUCUGCUGGUGAGCCUGAUGAAUAUACUCUGCCUUUGUUAUGGGACAAACUGGAGAUAUCUUCAGAUUUCAAGCGAAGAGCUGAAUCGGUGAAAGAGUUUAACGCUGGUAACGUAUGGCGCAAGAGGGGGAUCUCUAGAGUACCAAUCGUCUAUCACGUUAUGAAUAGGCCGACUCCAGGGAGAGUGAGCAUUUUGGGGGAUGGUUCGGUCGUGGUCGAGAUUGCGGGGAUCGAGAUGGGGCAAGGGCUAUGGACGAAGGUGCAGCAGAUGGUGGCUUAUGGUCUUGGUAUGAUCAAGUGCGAAGGAAGUCAAGAUCUUCUUGAGAGAAUACGGCUUCUUCAGAUCGACACGCUCAGUAUGACUCAGACCAGUUACACUGCGGGUAGCACAACAUCGGAGAACUGCUGUGAAGCAGUUAGGCUUUGCUGUGUCAUCUUGGUGGAGAGGCUGAGAGCUAUCAUGGAUGAGAUUCUGGAGAACGCUAGAUCGGUGACAUGGGACAUGCUCAUUCAACAGGCAAAUGCUCAAUCUGUGGACUUAUCAGCACGUACUUUUUAUAAACCAGAGUCCUCUUCUGCAGAUUAUCUAAACUACGGAGUUGGAGCUAGUGAGGUGGAGGUGGACAUUGUGACAGGAAGAACAGAAAUUAUAAGAUCAGAUAUUAUUUACGACUGUGGAAGAAGCCUUAAUCCUGCUGUUGAUUUAGGACAGAUUGAAGGAGCGUUUGUGCAAGGAAUAGGUUUUUUCAUGAAUGAAGAGUAUACAACAGAUGAGAACGGGCUAGUGAUUCAAGAAGGCACAUGGGACUACAAAAUCCCUACAAUAGACACAAUCCCAAAACAGUUCAACGUUCAGAUUCUCAACAGUGGUCAUCACAAGAACCGUGUUCUCUCCUCUAAAGCUUCAGGUGAACCUCCGUUGCUUGGGGCUACUUCUGUGCAUUGUGCUACAAGGUCAGCCAUAAGAGAAGCUCGAAAGCAGUACUUUUCGUGGAAGUGCGUUAACGGUGAUCGAAGAGACGAUUCUGAUGUUGGUUUUGAGUUGCCGGUUCCAGCGAUUAUGCCGGUGGUGAAGCAUCUUUGUGGUAUUGACAGCGUUGAGAAGUACUUAGAAUGUAAAACGUAUCCUUUAAAAUAAUACUUUGAUAAUAUGUUUAUGACUAUCUUAUGACUAUUUUAUCAAAUAAAUUGGCAUGUAACUUUGAGUAUAGAUUACAUGUAAGUUCCAUUAAAAUACAAGAAU